AUGGAAAGUGGGGGUAUACAUGAAUCAGCCAUAGAUUUGCAGGAAGAAUCGGACAAACUAAGCGAAAGCUUCGCCCGCAGAGGCAGCUCUGAAAAUGAGCUCAAGGUCCGGCGGCACAAAGUAGCCGUUCUUCGGUGGCCCCCUCUGGCUCGUGGCAUGAGGCGGUGUCUUCUUUUUGGGAGCGGGUGGACAUACCAUCAGCGCCCGUAUCCGAUGAGCGGUGCGUUUGGGCGUGCGGAAACCUUCGUCGAUGUUCUUGACCAUGUUUUUUAA